GCUUUCCAUUAAAAACCUGGCGAAAUCGACCCUCUCUCUCACUGAACCCUCUCUCUCUUAUAGAGCACCCUCUCUCUCUCUCUCUCUCUCUCUGCUGCUGCGUUUUGUCCCUCUAGAUUUCGUUAUUUUCCACAUCCAGUCUCUGGCGCCGUUUAUCAUUACAGGGUACAGACGAUGUCGCGCCCUUUGGACGAGAAAGAGAGCCAAAACUCAACAUGUCAGACUGUUAAAGUAGUGGAGAUUAGUGCAGAUAAUAACACUUCUAGAGUUACUUGGAAGAUCGAGAAUUUCUCAAGCCUGGACACCGAAAAGCACUUGUCUGACAUAUUCAAUAUUGGAGGUUGCAAAUGGCAGCUGUUGAUAUAUCCAAAGGGGAAUAAUGUUGAUGGUUUGUCAGUGUACUUAAACGUGCCAGACGCUGGUAGUCUACCUAAUGGGUGGAGCCGAAAAGCAAAUGUCUGUUUUUGUAUCAUAAACCAAACUAAUGGCAACGACUCAAUAAGAAAAGAUACAAUACAUGUAUUUAAUGCUCGAGAAACAGAUUGGGGCUUCACAUCAUUUAUCCCUCUCAGUGAUCUCUGCCCCAAAAAAGGGUAUAUGCUUAAUGACACAAUAAUUGUGGAAGUAGAGGUGUCCGUGAGUAAUGUCAUCAAUUACUCGACAGACAGCACUAAAACAGAAAGUGCGUCCAAGAGUGACAUGGAGGUAAUUCUUGAGCAUGAAGAGGAGCUCCAGGUCAAGAAUCCCAUACGCGAGCUGAAUAAAGAGAUUAAGAGUCUCCAGGCAGCUAAAGAAAUAGUUGAAAUACGUCUCAAAUCCUUCAAACAAGAAUUGGCAAUGAAGGACUUGGCCCAUCGUGUGCGCGAAUUGGAGCUGCAGGCCAAUAAUCCCAAGGUUGAAGAGCCGAAGAGUGAGAUCAAGAGUCUUCAAGAGGCAAUUGUGACAUUUGACGAAGAGUUCCAAGGAUUCACAAAAGAGUUAACUGUGAAAAAUGUGGCCCAUCAUGCAUGUGAAAUGGAGCCCCAUUUUAAUAAUUCUGAGAUCGAGGAGCUUAAGAGUGAGAUCAAGAGUCUCAAGGAAGCAAAGGCAACUGUUGAAGAAGAGCUGAUAGAAUGCAAAAAAGAGUUGGCUAUGCAGGAAGAGGCCUGUCAUAGUCUUGAAUUGAAGCUCCAAGCUGAUACUCCCAUUGUCGCAGAGCUAACGAAUCAGAUACAAAAUCUCCAAGAUGCAAAGUCAGUGGUUGAAGAAGAGCUCAAAGCCUGUAGAGAAGAGCUAGUAACAAGGAUAGAGGCCCAUCAUGCACGCGAAUCAGAGUUCGAAGCCAAGGCUGCCAAGAUUGAGGAACUGACGAAAGCAAUGAAGAUUGUUGUGACGGUAAAGGCGAUGGUUGAUGAAGAGCUCAAGGCUAGCAAACAAGAGCUGGCACUAAAGGACACGGCCUGUCAUGAUCGUGAAUUGGAGCUCCAAACCAGUAAUUCCAAGAUCGAGCUGAAGAAUGAGAUAAAGAAUCUCCAAGACGCAAAGCAGAAGGUUGAAGAAGAGCUCAAAGGAUACCAAAGAGAGCUAGAAAUGGGAGACAUGAAGGCUAGAUUCAAAGAUCUUGAGUAUGAGUUAGCUAUUGCCAAGAAAGACGGAGAGAUUAAAGAAUUGUUGGCCAGCUUGAAAUUUUCUGAGAAAAGAGUCCAGGACGUGAAGGAGGCUGCUGCUGAUUGGCGCUUCCUAACUUUCUCAGCCAGUCGACUAGAGGGUGCACAAAUGUGAAAAUAAAUGUAAAAGAGUUCACAGAAAAAAUUCUAGCAGUUCGCAUCAGUGGAGAGAAUAGUACGACCAAUUGAGAACCCUUGUUAACCCUUGUCAUUUGCUGGCUUACUUUCAUGAGUUAUUACCCCGGAACACGGAGAGACUGCAUACUGACGGACUAUGUUUUAGUGUGCAUAUAUACGUGUACGUGUGUGUUUGUAUCUGUAGAAAUGAUAAAAUUAGCAUCUUGCAAGAAAUGCCAUUGCCUGAAUAAUGUUUUUUGGAAA